CGCAUCGCGUCCAAACAUUCUCUAUCUUCAAAUAAAACCAAUAUUAAUGCAGUCAACAAUGUCAUAACAAUUGCCACCUACUUUCUUGAUAUUUUCAUAUUUAGAUUUCCCCGGAACUUCCUAUAUUCCAUCUAACGAACAUCAGUUGUGAAGUUUUUCCAUUCAGGCUUAAUCAUCAUCAUAUUGUGAUUUGAGCAUUUUUUUUUCAAGCUUUAAUUUGCUGAUUUUACAUCCAUCCGAGAGGUUCCUUUUGAAGGAAAUUUUUUUUAGACUCUAAUCAAGUAGAGGGCCUUGCACUGGUAAAUGGGUUAAGAUGAUGUAUUUGCUGCAGUCAUUCUCUAAAACCUAUUUCAUGGAUUUUUCAAGAAAUAUAGAAGAGAGCUCGCUCCAAUUAUAUUCAAGAUCAACAUUUAAGGAGCGUUGACUUUGACUUUGGCUUUGGAGGUUUUUUCACAGGCCAAUCAAUGCUUUUGAUUGAUGUUAAUAUCUAUUGAAUAAAUCUUGAAAUCAAGAAACACUUUUUCUUUGGAUUUAAUGAAUCCAAUUCGUUGGCUCGGAGAACUAUUAGAGAAAACACAUUGGAGUUUCGUGGUUGCCAUUGUGGUGAUUUAUGGAAUAAAUCAAGGGUUUGGUUAUGCUCUUGCUAAGGUAGGCACAGACUACUACAUGAAAGAUGUGCAGAAACUCCAACCAUCUGAAUCACAGGUUUACCUACAAAUCGCCAGAAUUCCAUGGUUUAUUAAGCCCUUUUGGGGUCUUUUUACAGAUAUUGUUCCCUUUUUCGGGUAUCACAGGAGGCCUUAUUUUAUUCUUGCUGGCAUUGUAGGAAUUCUAUCGAUGCUUUUCUUGUCAUUGCAUGAAAAGCUUCAUAUAGGACUAGCAUUGCUGUCUUUAAUGGCCGGGAAUGCUGGAGGUGCGAUAGCAGAUGUGACAGUUGAUGCGUGUAUAGCAAAUCAAAGUGUUACUCAUCGUUCUCUUGCUCCACAUAUACAAAGCUUAUGUUCCAUGAGUUCUUCCAUAGGAGCUCUUAUCGGAUAUUCUUUGAGCGGUGUCUUUCUUCAUUUAAUUGGUCCCAAGGGAGUUUAUGGCUUGCUAAGUAUACCAUAUGGCCUCAUGUUGCUGGUUGGCAUUUUGCUAGAUGAACAACGAGCUUUAACUGAUUAUACACAGGUUCCUAAGAAAUUUUCGGAUGCUAUUAUGCGUAUGCGGACGACUCUGAAAAGACAAGAUGUGUGGGGGCAGUGUUUUUAUAUGUUUAUCUCCUUUGCAUUGAGCUUGAAUAUCCAUGAAGCCUUGUUCAAUUGGGAAACCGAUUCGAAAGCAGGCCCAUCUUUCUCCCAGGAAGCUGUUGGUUUUAUUUCAUCGAUUGGCUCAGUCGGAUCCCUUUUAGGUGCAAUAUUGUAUCAACAUAGUUUAAAGACUCAUCCUAUCCGAAGUCUACUAUUUUGGGCUCAGUUGUUUUUGGGCGUAUCAGGGAUGCUAGAUCUUGUCUUAAUACUUAGGCUAAACCUAAAACUAGGAAUCCCUGAUAUGUUAUUUGCGAUUAUCAACGAAAGUGUCUUCCAGUUGGUUCAAAAUUUGAAGUGGUUGACAUUUUAUGUUAUAACUUCUAAGCUUUGUCCAAGUGACAUCGAGGGUACAUUCUUCGCUUUGGUCAUGUCCAUUGACAAUUUGGGCAACUCUUCCUCAGAAUGGCUUGGUGCCUCACUUCUUUGUUACCUAAAUGUCACAAGUACACAAUUUGAUAAGUUAUGGCAAGCAAUUUUGAUUCGAAAUGUUAUGAGAAUUGCACCUCUUUGUUUUCUGUCUUUGGUGCCUAAUGUUGGUGAGGAUAGUGAAUCCGGUUUGAGUAGUUUACAAGAUAAUGAAAUAUUGGAACCCAGGAAUGUGGAACUUACACCCCUCAUUGCAAGUGCUUCAAGUUGAAAUAAGGUUUAAAAGCAUUGAGAAACAUUUUAUUUUUUAUGUUUUGUUACAUUUAUUUAGCAAGGGGCAAGAUUGGUCCGAGAAAGGCAAAUUUAUGUUAUGAAAUAAGGUAAAAUUGAUAUGAGGUAGUGAUACUAAUCCAGUCGGAUCAUGUUCCAUGUAUUAAAAAACAAGCUAUAAGCUGGAUGAAGUUCGUACGUGAAGUGAUUAAUCCUUUAGGUUUGAUUACAUUUGGAUGAUUGAGUCUUCUCAUGAUAAGGAUUUCUCUUGCCAUGAACUUGACGCUUUGUGAAUCCAUGUUGUCAAAUCAUACUCUUUUUAAAGUAAUAGUUUUUAGAUUUGGUCAAAGGGGAUUUUGUUAUUUAGGAAAAGACUAACUAGUCAAAUGUUAAAGUCAACACCAAAAGAACCAUUCAUGCAAUUUUUGAAACCAUAAGGACCAGUUACGUAACAUUUUUCAUAGAAAUCCUCAAAGUACAAUAUCUUGCUAAUCAUAAAAAGCACUUAUAAAAUUUUGUCUAGUUCAUAUUACUAUGUAAGAUUUAUUUUGUAUAUGAUAUUUGUCAUUUGAAUUCAACAUGUCCAUCUAAAUAAUUUGCAAUUAGAGACAUGUAAUAGGAUUUAAAUUUUAUUUAUGUAGUUUAUUUAUCAUGGGAG